AUAAGACCAAUAUCAGACUCGGCUUUCGUUUUUCUAUUUUAUCACACCAAUGCUCAGUUGUUCCGUCAGUCGGUCACACACAGUGGAUUGAUUAUUAAUUAGCAGGGUACCAUCCAACCAACAGACCGUACAACAUCUAUUUAUUCCAUCCCCGCGCUCGCUCCUUUUCCCACCAUCACCGACCUGCAACACCAUUUCCUCUUCCCCCAAACCGCCAUAGCCAAAAGCUCCCAAAACAGGGCAAAACAACAAUGGGCUCCCUCCCUCCGCCACUCUCAUUCCCAGAUGAACAAGACAAGAACCCAUCCAACCCGAAAUUGGACCAAACCCAUCUCCUCAAUCUCUUCAAAUGCCAGCAGAACUACCUCAACCAUUUCUUCCAGAACCUCGACCUCACGCAAACCUUAGCCUUCACUCAAACCCUCCUAGACGCCCGGGGCACUAUCUUCUUCACCGGCGUCGGCAAAUCGGGGUUCGUCGCGCAGAAGAUCUCCCAGACCCUCGUCUCCCUCGGCGUCAGAUCCGGGUUCCUCCCCCCCGUCGACGCCCUCCAUGGCGACAUCGGCAUUCUGUCUCCCGACGACCUGUUAGUGAUGUUCAGCAAGAGCGGAAACUCGGAGGAGCUGGUGAGGCUCGUGCCGUGCGCGAGGGCGAAGGGUUCGUACCUGAUAUCGGUGACGUCGAUGACCCCUAACGCGCUGAUGAGGUCAUGCGAUCUGAACGUGCAUUUGCCGCUGGAGCGCGAAUUGUGCCCGUUCGAUCUGGCGCCGGUGACGUCAACGGCCAUUCAGAUGGUGUUUGGGGAUACGGUGGCGAUCGCGCUCAUGGGGGCCAGGAAUCUGAGCAAGGAAGAGUAUGCGGCCAACCAUCCUGCUGGGAGAAUUGGAAAGAGCUUGAUUUUCAAGGUGAAGGAUCUUAUGAAGAAGAGGGGAGAGCUUCCAGUUUGUCGGGAACGAGAUAUGAUCAUGGAUCAGUUGGUAGAGCUGACCAGCAAAGGGUGUGGAUGCCUUCUUGUUAUAGACGACGAGUAUCAUUUGCUUGGUACAUUUACUGAUGGUGAUUUGAGGCGUACACUGAAAGCUAGUGGUGAGGGGAUUUUCAAGCUCACAGUGGGUGAGAUGUGUAACAGGAACCCAAGGACAAUAAGUCCCGAUGCAAUGGCAGUUGAAGCUAUGCAAAAGAUGGAGUCCCCACCAUCUCCCGUUCAGUUCUUACCCGUCAUUAAUGACCAAAAUGUCCUCAUUGGCAUCGUGACAUUGCAUGGCUUGGUCUCUGCUGGCCUGUGAUUUGCUUUUGUGGCUGUCGAACGUGCCCAAUAUCUUUUUACUUCGAUGAUAUUCGAAAAUAAUUCUUUGUAUUAUUUCCAGCUUAUACUUAAUGAAGUUGUGUAGUGUUCUCUAGAUAAUACUUUUUCCUGUAUUAGUGAGAAUAUUACGAGAAGAAUUGGCUUGAUUAUGUUCUCUGUACUUGGUAGUUCCACUGAAACUUGGAAGAUUAUUAUGUUCUUGUAUCAGUGCCUGUGAAGUUUUAGCUGCAGUUGUGCAGAAAUAUGAUUAUGAAUGCUCUUUGUGCUACUAAUUAGCCAACCCAAAAUAUGGGUGGAUUUCGUAACUCGGGUUAAUUGCAAUGUUGGUCCUCUGGAAAACAAAGUAUGG